AUGUCGCUGAAACUGACACGCUGGUCGUGUGCUGACGACUGCAAAUAUAUCUGCAUGCAUGAAAUCACCGACAGGGACAUCGGACACGGCAAAUCUGUGCAGCAAUACUACGGCAAAUGGCCCUUCUGGAGAUUUGCGGGGAUGCAAGAACCUGCGUCCGUCGCAUUUUCUCUCCUCAAUCUGUGGGCACAUGCGAGAGGAGCAGCCAAACUGCGCGAGAGAGUACCAACAAGCCAUCCAAUGCGACCCUACUACCUCACCUGGUCCAUUGUCAGCAUCAACGCUUGGAUCUGGUCGUCCGUUUUCCAUACUCGAGACUUGCCGUGGACUGAAAAGCUGGACUACUUCUCGGCAGCGCUUGCGAUCAUGUAUGCGUUAUAUUAUACCACCACCCGUCUCUUCCACCUAUAUCCCGCAUCCCACACUUCCCGGUUGACGCUGUCUACACGACCAGCAAGUUCGGCAAAACGGAAAGUCUUGGCCGCGGCGUGCACCCUCGCAUACAUUGCCCACGUUUCCUACUUGACUCUCCUUCCUCGAUUCGAUUACGCCUACAACAUGGCAUUCAACCUCGUCCUCGGCCUGCUCCAUAACGCGCUGUGGACCGUGUAUUCGCUUCCAGCCUUUGCUUCCUAUAUCCGCCGUUUCCCUUCUCAACCAAAUUCGUAUCGACCCAAGUUCGUGACUAAAGCAGCUGUUUUUGUUGCAUUGACGACCGCAGCCACCGCUCUCGAACUCUUUGAUUUCCCUCCUUGGGGAAGAAUAAUAGAUGCCCACGCCCUAUGGCAUCUCUCCACUGCACCUAUCGCCCUCAUGUGGUAUGACUUCCUAAUUGACGAUUCCUUGGACGGAAGUUGGCGCGACCGCAAGACGUGA